AUGGCCAGAGGAGUGAAAGACAAUGCCAGGGAAGGAAGGAGUUAUGAAAAUCUUGGCAAUGCUUCUGAUGGUCUAGGACAGUUCAAAACAGCCAUUGAGUACCUUAAACGUCACCUAGAUAUUGCCAAGGAAUACCAUAAACGUCAGCUAGAAAUUGCCAAAGAAGUGGGAGACAAGGCUGGACAGGGAAACAGUUAUGGAAAUCUUGGCAAUGCUUAUCAUGGUCAAGGGCAGUUCAAAACAGCCAUCGAGUACCAUAAACGUCACCUAGAGAUUGCCAAAGAAGUGGGAGACAAGGCUGGAGAAGGAAACAGUUAUGGAAAUCUUGGCACUGUUUAUGAUGGUCUAGGACAGUUCAAAACAGCCAUUGAGUACCUUAAACGUCACCUAGAAAUGGCCAAAGAAGUGGUAGACAAGGCUGGAGAAGAAAACAGUUAUGGAAAUCUUGGCAAUGCUCAUCAUGGUCUACGACAGUUCAAAGCAGCCAUUGAGUACCUUAAACGUCACCUAGAAAUUGCCAAAGAAGUGGGAUACAAAGCUGGAGAAGGAAACACUUAUGGAAAUCUUGGCAAUGCUUAUCAUGGUCUAGGAGAGUUCAAAAAAGCCAUCGAGUACCAUAAACGUCACCUAGCAAUUGCCAAAGAAGUGGGAGACAAGGCUGGAGAAGGAAACAGUUAUGGAAAUCUUGGCAAUGCUUAUCGUGGUUUAGGACAGUUCAAAACAGCCAUCGAGUACCAUAAACGUCACCUAGAAAUUGCCAAAGAAGUGGGAGACAAGGCUGGAGAAGGAAAGAGUUUUGGAAAUCUUGGCAAUGCUUAUCAUGGUCUAGGACAGUUCAAAACAGCCAUCGAGUACCAUAAACGUGACCUAGAGAUUGCCAAAGAAGUGGGAGACAAGGCUGGAGAAGGAAACAGUUAUCGAAAUCUUGGCAAUGCUUAUCAUGAUCUACGAGAGUUCAAAACAGCCAUCGAGUACCAUAAACGUCACCUAGAAAUUGCCAAAGAAGUGGGAGACAAGGCUGGAGAAGGAGACAGUUAUGGAAAUCUUGGCAUUGUCUAUGAUAGUCUAGGACAGUUCAAAACAGCCAUUGAGUGCCUUAAACGUCACUUAGAAAUUGCCAAAGAAGUGGGAGACAAGGCUGGAGAAGGAAACAGUUAUGGAAAUCUUGGCAUUGUUUAUGAUGGUCUAGGACAGUUCAAAACAGCCAUUGAGUACCUUAAACGUCACCUAGAAAUUGCCAAAGAAGUGGGAGACAAGGCUGGAGAAGGAAAGAGUUAUGCAAAACUUGGCAGUGCUUAUGAUCGUCUAAGACAGUUCAAAACAGCCAUCGAGUACCAUAAACGUCACCUAGACAUUGCCAAAGAAGUGGGAGACAAGACUGGAGAAGGAGACAGUUAUAGAAGUCUUGGCAAUGCUUAUGAUGGUCUAGGACAGUUCAAAACAGCCAUCGAGUACCAUAAACGUCACCUAGAAAUUGCCAAAGAAGGGGGAGACAAGGCUGGAGAAGGAAACAGUUUUGGAAAUCUUGGCAAUGCUCAUCAUGGUCUAGGACAGUUCAAAACAGCCAUUGAGUACCUUAAACGUCACCUAGAAAUUGCCAAAGAAGUGGGAGAUAAGGCUGGAGAAGGAAGCAGUUCUGGAAAUCUUGGCAUGGCUUAUCAUGGUCUAGGACAGUUCAAAACAGCCAUGGAGUACCAUAAACGUCACCUAGAGAUUGCCAAAGAAGUGGGAGACAAGGCUGAAGAAGGAAAGAGUUAUGCAAAUCUUGGCUAUGCUUAUGUUUGUUUAGGACAGUUCAAAACAGCCAUCGAGUACCAUAAACGUCACCUAGGUAUUGCCAAAGAAGUGGGAGACAAGGCUCGAGAAGGAAACAGUUAUGGAAAUCUUGGCAAUGCUUAUGCUGGUCUAGGACAGUUCAAAACAGCCAUGGAGUACCAUAAACGUCACCUAGAAAUUGCCAAAGAAGUGGGAGACAAGGCUGGAGAAGGAAUGAGUUAUGGAAAUCUUGGCAAUGCUUAUUGUGGUCUAGGACAGUUAAAAACAGCCAUCGAGUACCAUAAACGUCACCUAGAAAUUGCCAAAGAAGUGGGAGACAAGGCUGGGGAAGGAAACAGUUAUGGAAAUCUUGGCAAUGCUUAUCAUAGUCUAGGACAGUUCAAAACAGCCAUUGAGUACCAUAAACGUCACCUUGAAAUUUCCAAAGAAGUGGGAGACAAGGCUGUAGAAGGAAAAAGUUAUGGAGAUCUUGGCAAUACCUAUUAUUGUCUAGGACAGUUCCAAACAGCCAUCGAGUACCAUAAACGUCACCUAGAAAUUGCUAAAGAAGUGGGAGACAAGGCUGGAGAAGGAAAUAGUUAUGGAAAUCUUGGCAAUGCUUAUCGUUGGCAGGGAUGUCUCCAAUUGGCCCUAGACUAUUUUGUUUCCAGUGGGGAGGUUUUUAAUGAGCUUAGGGCUACUCUUCUGACUCACGAUGCAUGGAAGAUUUCAUUCCGAAAUGUUUACCAAAAAGCAUACACGGGUAUUUGGCGCGUUCUUUUGAGACAGGGUGAGGAUGUCAAAGCUCUUCUUGCUGCUGAGGAGGGACGUGCACAAGCUCUGGUAGAUUUGAUGGAUGUAAAGUAUAACUUUGUACCAGCCUACGCUCGGUUGAGCUCUGGAAAACGCUCUGAUUACCUCUCAGUAAAAAGCAUUUUAUCAGAUGCAGUUUUUCUAGCAAUAACCGGACCUUUCAUUGUUUCGUGGGUUAUUCGGAAUGGGAAAGUCGUCGGAUCGAGAAUGAAGCAUGUGAACAACUUUGUUUACCAGCAUGAAUUAGAAUUCUACAUCACCUCUCUGAAUAAGGCUUCUCGCUCGCAAGUAAAUGCAAGGGCUGCUGUUCAAUGGGAAAUAAGUUUACCUGAAGUGGGCCGAGAUGGAAAAGGAGCGAACGAUGACUGCUUGCGAA